CAAAAACAGAGAGGUUAAACCACAAAUAAUAAGAAAAAUUUGGAACACUCUCUAUAGAUUGAGCAACUCACUCAACUUAAACUGAAGAAACUCGAAUUAGGGAUUUCAAAGAACGCGAUCGGUAAGUAAAAAAGGAUGGAGUUUUGUCCAACUUGUGGAAACAUGUUACAGUUCGAAUUGCCACACAUGGGUCGGCCUUCGAGGUUCGUUUGCCCGACUUGUCCUUACGUUUGUCAACUCGAAAACAAGGUUAAAAUAAAGAGAAGGCAGCAUCUUGUUAAGAAAGAAAUAGAACCCGUUUUCAACAGUGAUGAUAUGAAAAUCGGCGGCGCUGAGACUGAUGCAACAUGCCCUGCUCCUAAUUGCGGCUUUGGGAGGGCCUAUUUCUCGCAGAUACAGAUCCGGUCAGCUGAUGAGCCAGCAACAACAUUCUAUCAGUGCUUGCGCUGUGAAAAGAGAUGGCGUGAAGAUUAAGUUCAUGUUAUAUUAGAUGAAAUUAUUAGGGUAAUGUAAGGAUAGACACUAUGAUAGGCUUCAAAUUUUGGGUUAUUUUUCAGCCGUAGUUUGUUUUUGAGAACCUGAGAAUUGCAUUGGCAAAAUUCUUAAUUAUCACUUUUUCAAUAUAAUUAGAUUGGAUUCUU